AUUCCACCCACUCCCACCCUCGCUCCCCACACCCGCACCCCGCCAUGCCGCGCAAGAAGGUCCAGCCCACGGGCGCCGCAUUCGGCGCCGCCGCCUCGUCGUCGUCGCUCGCCGGCGACGUCUCCACUGGCGCCGCGGGCGCUGCGGCGGCCGACGGCGACGUCAGCAUGACGGCGCAGCAGCUCGUCGGCGGCGACGGCAUCGAGAACUACGAGGUGGCCAAGAGCCACCUGAUGAAGGUCGUGCGCGGCGCGAUGCCCGAGACGUGCACGCUGCGCAAGGAGGGCAUCGUGGCCCUGCACAAGGGCACCAGCGUCGUCAUCUCAUACCUUGCGGCGGCGGCGCAGGAGCGCGCCGCCGAGCGGGGCGCCAAGCUCUUCACCGCCGCAGACGUGUGCGCCGAGGCCGAGGCGCUCGGCUUCCUGCCGCCGAACCUCGUCGACGAGCUGCGCGCCGACUGUGCUGCGGCCAAGAGCGCCGGCAUCAAGGCGCGCAACAUCGCAAAGGCAAAGGCGAAGGAGGCCAAGGCAAAGGCGCGCGCGGCUGCCGGCGACGGCGCAGCGGGCACAGACGCCACGCCAAUGGACGUCGACGGCGACGAGACGCGCGCAGCGGGCGCCUCGGGCGAGGAGGGCGAGGCGGAGGACGAGGAGGAGCCUGAGGAGGAGGAGGAAGAGGAGGAGGACGAGCCCGAGGAGCCCGAGGACGACGAGCCGAUGGGCACGCCACCACGGCCAGCGGGCGACCAGUGAGCAGCGCCAAUGCAGAUGGGUU